AUGACACUAAUAUCCUUCUCUUCGUUUUCCUAGUGGUAGGGAUAUCAAAUUAGAUAGUAUCUUUAUUCAUUUUCCAUAUUUCCAUUUUUAUUUACUUAACAACCACAAAAUCAGGAUGUCAUUCAGAAAUCAUCUGUUUCUGGGGAUUCGUCUAGUCAGAUGAGUUAAAUAAAAUAGUUGUUUAAUUUUAGUAAUUUUAUUAAAAUGUAAAAAUAAAGACUCAAGCAAUUGUAAUUGGAUUAGCCUGGCCCCAAAAAGCAAAGCUCAGCCUAUCGUAAGUUUUAUGACGAACAACUCGUUCUCCUUCAAUAACAAUACCCCAAAAGAACCACAGAAGAACUUAUUAAAUUGAUCAACCUGAAAUGGAAAGUCAAGGAGAAAAUGAAUAAACAAAAGUACUUCUAAAAAAAUGGUUAUGUGAACAUCAACGAUACUGAAAGAGUACCUGUACCCUAGCCUCCUCCUCCAGUGAUGAUAAUCUUCCAAAAACAUAUGAGAAAACAACUUGAGAUGACCCAUCCAGAGUACAAUGGAACUUAGAUAGAUCGCACAAUUAAAUUCGAAUGGGGUUCAAAUUCGGCCUUGAAAGAGCAAGCAGCAGAGGAAUACAAAAAGUUGAGACAAGAAUUUGAAAACCAAAAGAAAGAUUUCAUUAUUAAAUAUGGUUUCUGGCCAUAGCACAAAAAGCAUUAAAAUGAGUCAGGGAAUCAGAUCCAACAUCCCAGUCAAUAGGCAAAUCCAUUGGCUUGCUUGCUCAACAAAAAAGUCAAAUAUGAAUGA